CUCGGCUGGCUGCUUGAUGAACUAAUUAGACCAUAUGUGGCUAAACAAAGUUUUCACCACGCUAAACCAUGUCAAGAGGCUAAGGUCAGACUCAGAGUGCUGAAAUUCUUUCCACGUGCUGGGCUAGUGAUGCAGACGAUUAGGCAUGUUUGUGUGCCGGUGGUAUGUUAAUAAUAAAUAAAGGGGGUGUAUUAAUUUCCACGAGAAUGUGUUAGAGCAACAAAUCAACCUCCCAGCAACCACUACACAUUGACUACCCCUGUAAUGCCUCUGACGGAACUCCACGCCUCCAUCUCAGAAAACCAUGCCGAGAGAGUUCUACACCUGAUCCAGUCGGGAGCAGACGUCAACCAGCUCCUCAGGCAAGAGACGGCCUUCACACGGGCCGUAGAAGAGAAGCGUUUCGACUGCGCUGACGUCAUCAUAAGCUCAGAAAACUUUGACCCUGUUGUCGGCAACCAGUUUUCAAGGUCCCCGAUAUUUGUAGCGGCUAAGCAGGGUAGGACCGACUAUGUAGAAAAACUGAUUGGCCUCGGUGGCGAUUUGAACGCCCCUGACAUUAAAGGUCUUACUCCCCUGCACAUAUCCGCCAUAUACAACACACAUACGACCGCUGAGCUGUUGAUUCAAAAUGGCGCCAAGAUAGACAGUGUGGACGCUUCUGGCCUGACGCCCCUGCUUCACGCCUGCACGAAUGUUAGCCUUGAGACGGUCCAAGUUCUGAUUGCCAAUCACUGCAAUGUCCAAGCGUUGUCUAAAGACCUGUGCUCAGCACUGAUGCUGUCCCUGCCCACCUAUUACAACAUACAGGUGGCAGGCAAGAAACUGACCACCAUGCUCAGCAUCUGUGAGCUGGUUCUGGCAGCAGGCUGUGACGUCAACUGUCAGGACGACAAAGGCUGGUCAGCUCUCCACCACGCCGUCAACAACACGGACAUCUACGGCUGCACACUUCUAGCUGAACGAAACUGUUUCUUGGACUUGAAGGAUAAAGCCGGUCGUACGCCGCUCCAGCUUAGCAUUAGUGACGGCAGGCCGAAAUAUGACAUAGCCAGGUUUUUGCUGUAUUUUGGUGCCAGAGUUGACAGCAGCACAUAUUCGACGCAUCUUCUGCAGUACGUCACGGAGCCUGAGCACACGGACGAACGGAGCUCUAAGAUGCUGUUCUGUCACUUGCUGUACGAGGCUGUUCCACCAUCCAUGUUGACCACACGUGAUGCCAUCAGACCGUCAGGAGACAACGUCCCACCAAUGAACACGGACAAAACGUGCCCAAGUUCACUUCAACACCAUGUGAAAACAGUCAUCCGCCGUCAUCUCUCAGGGACUAACAUCAUCCCUAAAAUCCGAACCUUGCCUAUUGCUAACAACCUGAAGAGGUUUUUAAACUUGGGACUAAAUGCGGAUAACAUAAGCCUGUAUGGUUUGUGUCGACUACACAUGGCCAUAACUGAAUUUGACAAUGUAAAUGUUAAAGCAAUAGUUGAAAGUGGCACAGACCUUGACUUGUACAUAGACGGGAAGCUUCCCCUAGCAACAGCCAUAGACGUAGGAAACCUGGAGGCGGUAAAAAUACUAUUUGCCAUGAGGCCUUCAACGUCACUGUUGAACAUCAACACUCAGGGUGACACAGCACUGCAUCUAGCAGCUCGACUGGGUGUUACAGAGAUUUUAGACGCGGUCAUUGAGCGAACAGAUAGCAUUGACGUGCUAGACAGGGCAGGACGGUCUCCCCUGCAAGUCGCUGUCUUGUCAGGAAGGUUUCAGAAUGUUAUUUCACUUCUCCGACGUGGUGCUAAAAUUUGGGAUUUUGAAGGAGACGCUCCCAUGAUGCAUUUGGCAGCAGGAAGUGGGGCGUCUGAUGUGGUGGGAGAGUUCAUUAAACGUAACAUUGAUCCCAAUCUUCGGGAUACUAAUGGAAAUACUCCACUUCAUAUUGCAGCGUCAAGGGGUGGUGAGUACUUAAAAGAAGGCACUGAAAUGCCAGCGCUCUAUGAUCACAAAGCACUAGCAUCCCUUGACUUUGUGAAGUGCACUUUGACAGGACAGAAUCCAUCUUUAACAAAGUCCAACCUGGACUAUGUUGGUGUUGUAAAUCGUCUGCUAGAGGCAGGAGCAGACGUGGACAUGCUGAACUACAACGGCCACACGCCCAUGAAGAUGGCCCAGACAUACAAGUCCGAUGCUAUUGUUGAUUUGUUCAAACUAUCACAUUUAAAAUAGGAAGGCAACGUGGGAGAUAGUGAACAUUCAGACAUGAAAUUGUUACAAACAAUUUAAUAACCCACUUACAAAAAAGAAAAAAAACGUGUCGACCCCUAAAGCAAACAUAAAAACUGGACAGUUUUAGUGGCAUUCUGAUAUGUAGUUCAGUUAAUGGUGCAAUGUAUUUAUCUACUCUAACUCACAGAAUAAAUGUAUAAAUUGUAUUGGCCGCGUGUUUGCUUGUAUAUGGUGUGGUAGACGAGUGCAUACGCAUAUAUUUUAUAUUGUUUUCAUUUCACUCAUUGUUUCUACAAUAAUAAAGUGAGCAAUAAAACUCAUCAAACAGUUAUACACAGUUAUUUUUAUAUUGUUUUUAUUUCACUCAUUGUUCCUACAAUAAUAAAGUGAGCAAUAAAACUCAUCAACAGUUAUACACAGUUAUUUUUAUAUUGUUUUCAUUUCACUCAUUGUUUCUACAAUAAUAAAGUGAGCAAUAAAACUCAUCUAGUUAAACUAGUAGCUUGGUAAUGUAUAACGAUAACCCUCCUACUUUUUGGGAUCACAUCUUAACCAA